AGGGAGCUCUGUAGGAGCUGUUGUCGCUCGAAACGGAACGGAUACGGAUAGGUGGGACCGAACACAGCAGGAAAAUAAGUGCUAGUAGCAGUGGGGAAGUCCUUCACAGCACUGCGCCGGGACCACUCGUUUCUUAACUUGAAUCGUUUUUGGAAGGCAGGACGAUUUCCCUAGUCUUCGUUACUGUCUGCGGAACAAGUGUCACUAGCAACAGACGGUUCUGUUGCUGUUUUGCAGCAGGUGACCCCCACCCCUCAGCCAAAAUCCGUUUAUUAGAUGUGACCACAAGGUUGAUCAGGAGAAGCCACCAUGUCUUAAACCCAGACGGGCCCUCUGGAGCCCUGUCCCCCCACCCUGGAUCCCCCUCCCCCUCCCCUAUUCACCACCUUACCCCUUCUCCCAGCCCCAUCCCACUUCAACACCUCCCUCCACAUGUGAGGGACAGGCUUCCGGGCUCCGGCUCGCCUCUGGCACACCCCCCCUCUCCCUCCGUAGAGAUGAGCCUGGAGAAGCACCAGCAGUUGGGUGGUGGUAGCGGAGGGGGGUUGGGCUCUGACCGGGACCUGCAGUCCACUGCUUCCUCCAUCUCUCUGCCCUCUGUGAAGAAGGCCCCCAAGAAGAGGCGCUUCUCCCUGGCCUCUCUCUUCAGGCUGCGAGGCCGGGAGCCCAAAUCAGGGCACCAAAGGUCCCAAGAGCUCCAGUACCCGGGACCCAUUGGGCUAGUCGGUGUGGAUGGCAUCGCCAGCAUUGAGAGCAUCCACUCUGAGAUGUGUAACGAUAAGCACUCUGCCUUCUUCUCUGUGGCUGGGGACGGAGCUGCCUCUGCUGCCGCCUCCACCUCAUCUGCCUCUGGGCCUUCCUCCUCUACCACCACCUCCUCCUCCUCCUCCUCCUCCUCCUCUAAGGUGGGGGGUGCGGUGGCGGCAGAUCUACUGGAGUGCCCGCUGUGCCUUCUGCUCCACUCCAGGGAGAGCUUCCCUGACAUCAUGACCUGUCACCACCGCUCCUGUAUGGAUUGCCUGCAGCAGUAUCUGCGCAUCGAGAUCUCAGAGUCUCGUGUCAACAUCAGCUGCCCCGAGUGCUCGGAGCGCUUCAACCCUCACGACAUCCGCAUGAUCCUGGGUGACCGGGCACUCAUGGGGAAAUAUGAGGAGUUCAUGCUGAGGAGGUGGCUGGUGGCUGACCCGGACUGCCGCUGGUGCCCUGCGCCGGACUGUGGGUUCGCAGUCAUUGCUUUCGGCUGUGCCAGCUGUCCUAAGAUCACGUGCGGCAGAGAGGGCUGUGGCACAGAGUUCUGUUACCACUGUAAGCAGCUGUGGCAUCCCAACCAGACGUGUGAUGCAGCGCGGCAGCAGAGAGCCCAGAGCCUCCGCCUGAGGACGGUGCGCUCCUCCUCCCUCAGCUGCAGCCAGGAGAGCGGAGCUGCAGCUGAUGACAUUAAGCCAUGUCCGCGCUGUGCUGCUUACAUCAUCAAAAUGAACGACGGCAGCUGUAACCACAUGACCUGCGCUGUGUGUGGCUGUGAGUUCUGCUGGCUGUGCAUGAAGGAGAUCUCAGACCUGCACUACCUGAGUCCGUCAGGCUGUACUUUCUGGGGGAAGAAGCCAUGGAGCAGGAAGAAAAAGAUUCUUUGGCAGCUGGGAACGCUUGUUGGAGCCCCCGUCGGCAUCGCUCUAAUCGCUGGUAUUGCUAUUCCCGCCAUGAUUAUCGGCAUCCCUGUAUAUGUUGGGAGGAAGAUCCACAACCGUUAUGAAGGCAAAGAUAUCGCCAACCACAAGAGGAACCUGGUGAUCGCGGGGGGGGUGACUCUCUCUGUCAUCGUGUCUCCAGUGGUGGCUGCAGUCACUGUGGGAAUUGGAGUUCCCAUCAUGCUGGCGUACGUCUACGGCGUGGUGCCCAUCUCACUGUGCCGGAGCGGGGGGUGUGGAGUCUCUGCUGGGAAUGGCAAAGGAGUUCGCAUAGAAUUUGACGACGAGAAUGACAUGAAUGUUGGCAGCGGGGCGGGGGCCACUGAUACUACAUCAGUGGCAGACACCAGAAACAACCCCAGUAUAGGUGAAGGCAGUGUGGGGGAGCUGACGGGCAGCCUGAGUGCCAGCGGCAGCCACAUGGACCGUGUGGGGGCCACCAGGGACAGCCUGAGUGAGACGGCGUCCACCAGGGCCCUGGCCGGGGCCAGCAUCACCAGCAGCCUCUCCGGCAGCGCCAUGGUGCACUACCUGAACAGGCUGGAGGUGCAGGCGGAUGUGCAGAAGGAGCGCUGCAGUCUGAGCGGGGAGUCUGGCACCGUCAGCCUGGGCACCAUCAGCGACAACGCCAGCACCAAAGCAAUGGCUGGAUCCAUUCUGAACGCCUACAUGCCCCUGGACAGAGAUGGGCACAGUAUGGAGGUCCAGGUGGACAUUGAAUCCAAACCGGGCAAACUGCGGCGGCACAGUGGCAGCAGCAGCGUGGAGGAUGGAGGCCAUGUUGGCGGCUGGACUUGCCCCUCCAGUGGCUGCCCGUCCUCAGAAGGCAAAGGCACCUCCACAAAGUGGGCCAAAGAGGCAUCCUGCUCCUCCUCCUCCAGCUCUGGGGCCAAAAAGAGCAAAAGCAAGCUGCGCAAGAAAGGGGGCGGCACCAAGAUCAAGGAGACGCGGGAGGACCUGGACGCCCAGCUGCUGGAGCAGCGCAGCACCCACUCCUCCGAGUUCGACUCCCCCUCGCUGAGCGGAAGCCUGCCCUCUGUGGCCGACUCUCACUCCAGCCACUUCUCGGAGUUCAGCUGCUCGGACCUGGAGAGCAUGAAGACGUCCUGCAGCCACGGCUCCAGUGGGGGGGACUACCACCCCCGCUUCGCCACCGUCAGCCCCUUACCUGAGGUGGAGAACGACCGCCUGGAGACCUGCCCUACUUCUGCUUCCUCCUCACAGGGACAUGGAGCUGUGAACUCCCCCCACUCCACCACCUCCUCCCUGGGCCCCGGCGCAGAGCCCCCCCCUCUCUGCUACAUCACAGAGGAGAAUGUCAACCUGGUGUGCCCUGCUGAGCUGGACUCUCACAGCAACACCAGAGAGCUAAAAGAGAACAACAACAACCACCCCCCCCACCACCACAGCCCAAGAACGCCUGUAUACAGACUGACAUGACAUCUCAAUACCUUAAGUGCUGCACACAUGCUAUUGGGUUAACGUCUUUUCCUCCGAAACUAACAACAAGCGUACAGUUUAACCGACAUGUCCUUCCCUUAAAGUUGCUGUGUUAUUUUGGGAUUUCUUCUCCUUCAUUAAAAGCAGCCCUGAGUUAACAGAUGUGUGUUUGUCCGCUGACGGGCUUGUUGGGAGUAUUACUAGCCUUCCAAAGUGCAGCCUGGUGAGAAAUGUAAGGUUAUGAAUGCUGGUUCUCCCUGAGCAGCCGCACACUGCAGACUCUUUCUGUUCACAGUUCACUCAGUGACCGCUUGAAACAGAUAUUGGUUGCUGUCCCAUUGAUCUGUGUAGGAUAAACCCAACCACUGUGCCAGCUCUGCUAGUAUUUAAAUUUGCCUCCACGAUGCAACAGCAUGCAGAAACCUUAGUGUUAAGCUUUCCAGAUGUGAGCUCAAACAGGGACCAGGCAAUACGAUUCACUAUUUCCUCUGCCCCCCCACCCCCAAACUUAAGUAACAGAAGAACCUUUAUUAUAAUAUUUUCCUUCCUGGAUGUUUGUUUGAACUGUAACGUAUAAUCUUAACGCCUGGGUUUAAGAUCCUUCAUCAUUUUUGCGCAAAAAAAACCCCAACUGAGAUUCUGUUUAGAUGGAUGGACACAACUGAUCCAGUUUAGACCUGUAGCUGACAUUGCCUUUAACUCAGUGUGUGUUUUAGUGCAAAAUGACUUUGGACACCCUGCUUUGUUCUGUGGAAGGCUUGUUAUGAUAUGUUGAGGGUAAGGGGUUGCUUUGAGAAAGGUCUCUGGAAGGCCACAGUUUUUGAGAUAAUGCUGAAAGUCAUUAUUUUAAAAUGAACCAAUGGGUUGGUCAAUUCUGUGAAAUUGUAUAAAGAAAAUGUUUUGUCCUGUUCAAAGGUGAUUUAUUCAGGCUGACGGCCUCGCCUCACUGAGUAAGAGAGAGCUUUGAUAUCUUUCUUUGUAACUCAUGGUGCCUUCAAGAGCUGUUUGUGUUCUGUUCUUCUCUACACCGUGUCUUUAACACCUCAAACAACUACUCAUUAUAGGUUGCAGAAUGUCUGUCUGUCUGUGUAGGAGGGAUGCUCAUUCACAUACACAACAUACUGUGGUAGACAUGGUAAAUGAAGACUUUUCAAUUGCCUACCAAAGACAGCACUCCGGCUUUUGUUAAAUCUUAAACCGUUGGCUUGUCGCCUGUAGACGCAGUAUGCAUCCUUUGUCCUCCUGGGGGUGAAUGAAGCUACGCCCCAGGAUUAUACAGACACACACUCUGCUGUUUUUGUACAUGCUUCACCAAUGCAAAUAUCUGAGGCCUCCCAAACGCCCAAGGCACCUGCACUGUUCUCUGUAUUUCUUAUUGCGUUGCUGUUCUGCAAGGCGCAGAGGUUAGCGGGGAUACAAAGGUUGGGUCUGGGUUACCUUCCCUGUUGACUUUACUCUGACUUCUGUUUGUGUUGCCAAUCGGUGCUGCUGAGCAGACUUGAAGUCAAAUUCAGUUUUCAACACUUUGCUAAAGCCUGUCUUCACUGCUCAGUGGUCAGCUUUACCCUGAGCCGCUCGGGUGAACCUCUAGCAGGAAGCUCAAAGCAUCUUGGAUGGUAUGUUGACCCAAGUCUGUUACUGAAUGAUCACUGAUUCUGGUUCAGUUGAUAAGGCUACAUGCUGCAGUCCUUCCCCCCCAUUAAAGCAAACAUGUUGUCUUGUUUUUUCUCCCUGGGUUCGUUUCUCAUUCUUUACCAAAACUUCACUUUUCUUGAUCCUAAUUUCCACACUAGUGCCAGAUAUCAUUUGUAAUUUGUGCAGAAUGGCAUAAGGUAUAUUUGUUUGGUAAUUUGCUUUACUAUAUGCAUAUCAGAAAAAUAAAAAAAAGAUAUGAAUUA